AUGGAAGAAGAGUUGGACUACGAUUCGGACAACUCUCUGAGCGGAGAUGCCGUUCAAGAAGGCAGCGACACCGACGAUUCGCAGCAGCCUAAAGUGAGUCUGUUUCCGAUCUCGAAUCUUUGUUCCAAACUCUUUCACGUGUAACCCUGAAACCUCCUGAAAAGUUGCUGACUGUUCGGAACAUGGCGCCUUCAACUGCCCGCUAAUUAUGUUACAAAUUGAGUCGUUCUUGUUGACGCGCAGGUCGCCCACAUUAUCCGGAAUAUGCGAGUGCGUAAUUAGAUGGUGUUCCGACUCUCUUUCGUCAUCUUCAUUUCCUCACGCGCAGGUAAUUGAACACAAACAGCCGGUGACCGGGACGACGUCCGGAGAAGUAAAGAGAGAGACAGUCAUCGGCAGUGGCCGGGAGAGCCCCAUUGUGCGGCCAUUCAACGCGUGUCCUUGUUGCUCUCCUCCCAAUUCAAUACCGUCUGCGGUGGUGGCGGUCUCCCGAACCGCGGAAAUAUUUGUCUAACAACUCGAUGACACAAAAAGUUUUACGACAAUGCCAGCCGAUCGGACGGCCUUUGUAGAGUAAUUAUCGUGACGUGGCAACAUGUGUGACUAAGCUGAUUCUUGCAAUCUCCGCCGAUUUUCGUCUUUCUCUGGCUUUUGAGCUUCUUUUCGGUAAAGAACCAUGAUCAUCUACGUCGGGAAUGCAUCUACGACGUCCCGAUUCCGAAAGAGCUUCGUUUAAAGCCCGCAGACGCCUCAAUUGCUGUUCUCCAUGGAAACUAAAUAACUCGUGGCGUUGCCAGGAGACGCAUGCUUAGUAAUGCUCUCCUUUAUCUUCAUCUCAAUUCGUUAUUAGCCUGCAUAUUCCACCAUGGCUCUCCGCAAACAGGUUGAUUAUCCCUGCUUCUCCUCAGUUUCCACACUCUCCGAACUCCAACACGAUCGUGCCAAAAGGGGCGGCUGAAGCCGGGGCAGUGCUGAAACGAGAGUGGGAGGAGUGGCCCUGUCCCGCCCCUUUUGGCUGUGCGCGCCCUCCUCGCCUCGCUCGUCCUCGUCCUCCCCUCAUUCUUCGUCGCUCCUCGUCCUCCUAUUCCACCCUCAAUAUGAGCGGUCGAAUGUGUCUCCCUCAGUGUGUGCGUGUGCGACGGGCCGACGGCGCGCGCCCAGCGUCGAUCGUGUUCUCGUGUCCGCUCUCUAUUCCAUCUAUUGGCGCCCUCUCUAUUCCAGUCGCCCCCGGGACCCUUAUGCUUAUUCCGGCACAGAAGUCUGCCCCGUUGGCCGUGCCUUCCGGCCGCCUGAUACUUUCGUCUCAACCUCGCUUCAGAUGUCGUAGGUGAGCAAAGUUUCAGGUGUGCCGGGACACACCUUUACUUUGCCGUAGCAGCGGAUAUUAAACACCCACAGCAAUAUAGAACAAAUCGUCAUUGUUUGUGUUGGAAAUAUGUGCGUGCGUGUGUGCGUGUACGUUUAUUAUGUAUGCGACCGUCGGUUGGUUCAGCUGAAAAAGCAGAGGGCGAGUGGAGGGCAGAAGAGGGAGAAGCCUACCGACACCAACACGGACGGCUUUGUUCUUGUCGCGCACAUUCGUGGGGUGUUUGUAAGCGACUGGGGGCUGCCUGCAGAAUAUGUUAUUUAGAAGAGCUGAAAGAUGUUGAAAAGUGGAGGAGAAGGGAAGGAGGCGAGCGGCGCAGGCGAUGUGUUGUACAUUUGUGACGGCGGCCGACGACGACGGCCCCGGGCGGUUAUUUUGCGCUCAUUCACAAUGCUGUUGGCACGCGCGCCAAUUAUAUAUUGAUGAUGAUGAUGUUAUGUUUGGUCAUAUUUGUAAAUACAAGGUUUCGGCAUGUCCGGUGUGGUAGGCAAAUGUCGCAAAACGAGCGAGUCGAUCUGCUAGGCUGAUUUGAUCCGCUCUGUGACUCCAAUUUUGUUGCUGACACGACUCGACAACAACAGCGCGUACAUUUCCGCUAAAAGAAGUAAUUUCCUGCGCGUUGAAUCAAAACCCGGUGAUUAUCUCCAACUGAUCACAUGCACACAUGCUCCCUGCUUGCAAACCCGAGCUUCUGCUCUCCACCAGAAUAGAAACGCAACAGCAGUCCUCAGCGUGUUUUUUUGCGAAACGGGAUAGGCUCGUUGUCCCGCCUGGAACGACAUUUCCUCCCAUUUCCACCAGAAGGAGACGCAUCUGGCUCCAGUUGAUCGAGUGCCGAUGACGUGGCGUUCAGGAUGAGCCUGCUUGCUAGCUCGGCUGUUUGGAUUAGCAGGAAUCAGAGAUUAUCGUGAGAAAAAACCGAGGAAUCUCGUUUCGUUUUCCAAAUGAAGGGAGCCUUGUCUUUCUCUCUCUCUCUCUCUCUCUCUCUCUCUCUCUCUCUCUCUCUUUUCCCUGCUGUCGAAAGAGAAGAAAAAGCUCUCGUGGCGACGUUUCGCCCUCUCUCUCUCUCUCUGUCGCUCUCCUUGUCGCACUCGCCCUCUUUUUCUUCCCAUUUUGAUAUCCACGCAUGAAAUUUAGAGAGGGACGAAUGGUUGGGAAACGAAGACGAGGAUGCUGGGAAACGCGUCGCCAAACAGAGAGAGAGAGAGAGAAAAGGAAGAGAGGGGGAAGAGACAGAUGAAAAUCGGUCCGAAUUUAUGAGGCCGGUCGAAUGAAAGAGUUAUGGCCACUCUGUGGUUUUAAAUCGUUAAAUAUUUUUGGCGCGAACAACGGGGGAACACGUGGAAGAGGGGAACCGAAUAGGAUUACUGUAGCCAGAGGAGGCAGCGUUGAAACCCAUAUUUUAAUUUCAGGAUAGAUUGGAUGCCAUCAUCGAUCGGAAAGAAAAGAUUGCCACCGAAAAGGCGUUCGGUCUGAACCAAUCGAACGACAAGCAUCUCUGUGUAAGUUGUCCGAGUCAUCAGCUCGCUCUUCCACCCGACGCGUAGAUCAAAUUGCCGGAGAGGCGCCGCAGUUUCUUUCUUGCUCGCUCUUUCUUCUUCUUCUUCUCCUUGUUCGGACGCCGCCGCUGUCUCUUCUUCUCAAUUUAGUGCUCAAUUAUCGGCCGAGUGGCAAGAUAACAAGUGAGUGAUGCGACGAGGGGACAGCGCCGCCGCUGCCGCCAGAGCCCCACUAGCUGGUCUUCGACGGGCCACGCCGGCAAAAAGAAACAAGUCGUAUCAUGCAUAAAAUGAAGUGUUUGCCGCUUGGCUGCUCGAUGGCUCUGAGGACGGGACUCCGUCACUGCUCUCCGGCGCCUUUCGUGUCACUUCUUCCUCCUCCUCAACGACAAAUGAACACGUUGCACGUCAAGGAAGGAAACUGGAGGGAGGAAUCCAGGGGGAAAGUCUGUAAUCGAGUGUCUGUACCACCAAUACGAAACAAUUACUUUUUCGUGGCGGACGCCGGUCGGGCACUCUUAUUAAAUCCGAGUUCUGCGGCAAGAGAAGGUGUACCCAUUUCUUUGUUGUCUGCAAAUGAGGUAAUGCGAGGGUUCGUCUCCCCUCCGGAUAUCCCGCCCGUCACAUCGCAUAAUAUGUAAUUAGUAACCUCAUCACGCCCAGUUCGUAGUGCUUUGUUCAGAUGUUUCUGACUAAUACGCGACGCAUUAUGCUCUCUUUCUGCUGCCUUUGCAGCCACUGUUGAAAGCCAAUAUUAGAGUGAGGGAUACAUGGAAGAGGAAACGUUUUUUGGUGGGAUUUUGAGUGAAAUUGGAGUUUUAAAAAGGGGAGAGAGAGGCCCUCGGCAGAGACCCGCACACAAAGAGCAGUCUUCGGCAUGAAUAGUAGAUCAGAAAAGGGAAAAAGAGGGAUUCAGAACAGAGGCCGAAGGGAAUCUGCAAGGUAUAAUUGCAGGUGAGCAGUGCGGAGGCCAACGCACUCCAGAAGGAACUGGGAGCCGGACGCGAUUCGCAAUUGGGGGCUGUCUACGUCCAUGGGAUUGAGUCGCUGGACGAGUUUGAAAUAAAAAAGUCUGUCGAAAAUUAGUUCUAUCAGCUCCACAAGUGUAUUUUCAGAAUAUUCGUAGAUUUCCGUGCCGAACAAGUGUGGAAGAAUGGGAACGAUGCAAUUGUACAAUUCGAGUACAGCGGAGAAGCUGCAGCAGUACGUAUUUUAAGACAAUUGGCGAAAUAUCUCAUUUUAUGCUAUUCAGAUGAUGUUGAACAUGUCGAAGAUGAUGCGACGAGUUCGGGGGCGGAAGAAGGCCGACGAAGAAGGAGAAGUAUUGUCCGAUGACGAUGACGUGGAAGACGGGCAGAUUAUGCAGGAGAAGGGCGAUGACGUGGAGCUGAUAGAAGGAUUGCAACCGAACGGUGCGUGAGUUGACUCAGCUGCUUGGCUGGAAACUGAUGUUUGAACAACCGGACGGACUCUAUGAUUCGUAAUAGGGCUGCUGAUUGAUUUGAAAGUCAAACGAGCGCCAAUUCGGAGUGUCCUAGGAGAUGCCUUCCGCUCAUAAACAAUCUCGAUACACUCAGUUGCUCUCCGGCUGUUUAUAGUUUACGGGAAGGAUACUCUGCUCUCCGUAGAGUCGACGCUCCAAAGCAAAAUGAAAUGGGGAAAUAUACUGAAGUGAUUCAAAAGAUGGUCGAUCCGCUUACAUGGUGACUCUCGCCCACGCUCACACACACACACACACACACACAGAAACAUAAUUGAAUAGAAUAAUAGUACUCGAGUGUUUUGUUAGUUUAGUGUUUCUGUCUAUCUAUUCGCCUAGUCGGUAAUACUGCCGCUGCUGACAUUGUCAUUAUUGGUUUCCGUUCUCGAGUACACAGUUCACACCGUUGGAUGGCUGGCUGGCCUGAAAGGAUAACCCCUGGGCGGCGAGAGAUGGCCGUCGCCCCCUCGAUGUUUGCGUGUUCUUUUGUCAUCGAUCCUCCGCACUUCCCUUCCGACGUUGUGUGCCCCUGUUUAGGGACCGAUCCGUUGUUUUGGGGGGAGAAGACGGGGACGACGAUAUGUUUGGAGCCGGUCGAGCAGCAGCACAAUGAAGUAACAGGAUACUGGGUCAACUCGCGUCACUGCAUCGCUCCGCUGUUUAGAAAUGACUGCUGACUGCGAGAUUUUCCGAUUGUACGGGGAUUAUCGGAUAUUUAACUGGACUUGCGGCCGGCCCGAACGCGGACUAGCUCAACGAGUGCUGAAAACACAAGAAAAACCUAAAACGCGGAGGUGUCAGAGAUGAUCAUUAGUGCAAACAACGGGGAUGGUGUGGAUGAACGGAUGUAAUCGAGUUUGCUUAUGCGAUUAUUCUGCUUUUGACAUUUCAUCCUUUAUAUGAUGAGCAGACAAACAAAGCAUGCGGCAGGGAAGAGCGGGCGAAAAUAUAGGGGUCGAGGAUCACUAAUUACCUGCAAUUUCAGAGAAGGGCAUCGUGAACAGCGACAAGAAGAGCGACUUUGUGACCGUCGACGUUAGUGUCCGCGACAUUCCUGACGGGAAAUGGAGAGUGGUGACGAAGCACGUACCCUCCGACAUGUUCGUUAUCGUCCGGUAUCCGACGUACAAGGAGUACAGAGUGAGCAUCGGAAACUGCUUUGAAAAUAGAAAUUUACCGUUUCAGGCCAUGGGCGGAGUCCGGGAAGACGAUAGAAGAGCGCCCGUGAAGGCGGCCAAAAAAGAUUUUUGGACUCACAAACCAUCUUCGUCGAAUCGCGGAGGACUGAAUGUGUUCGAUCAGGAGGGAAAAGAGCUAGAAUGGGACUACGAACACGACACUCGCUUCUACGACGACGACAAGAAGACGGAGAAGGUGGAGAAGGUGGAAUUGCCGAAGGGAAUCAAAGUUCGCGUAAGUGAUCCGUUUUUAAGCUUCCUCUUCAAAAAUUUUUAUAUUUCAGGGUCGCGGCGCUGUAAAGUGUGGUUUCCUAUUCGGCGAAGGAAGUGGAUCGUUGGCUUGCGAUGAGCCAUCACCGUCGAAAAAGCAGAAGACGUCGGAUGGCGAGAAGGUGUACGAGAAGGACGACGUCGUCUCGCGAAUGGGCACUGCCGCACACGCCAUCCGUCCAGGAAGAGUCGAACGGCCAAUGAAAGAUCGCAUUCGAUUCCCUGAUCACAACGAAAUUCAAUUCUAA